AGGCAAAGGAACACUCCAAGAACAAUGUUUAGCUACAAUCCUAUGGCAAAGUCGCGGGUAAGUAACGGGCUACAUUUCUCUGGACCAUUACCCUUGAAUAAAGGGAUGGGAAGGACAGAACGCCACAAACCCGAAUUUGACUUUGCAUAAUGACCUCCGCGUCGGCCUGUUCUUCAGGACAAUGCCACGCAGGAUGUCUUGAUUGUUCAUCGCUUUCAGUCACGGGACCACGUCUCGUCUCUCAAAAUCCCGGCUGAAUGUUGUCUUUUCAUCGUAUCCUCUAUGUCUUCUGAUGAUUUUCUGUCAUGUAUCGGGAGUGGUCUCCCAUUCGCGAUGGUCCAAGAACCUGGUGAUCAUUCCGGUGAUGAUGAGUCCUCUCUGUCCUCCUCACACUCAGAAACCUCCCCGCCAAGCAGUAGUGGCGGUGUGCUUUUCGACCUCACUUUCACGCUCUUAGACGUGUCGAGCAGCACCGACGUUCCGCGGACGAACGUGUUUUCAGAUGGCUUCGUUAGCGAACCGGACGAGAUGAACACGCAUUCUGUCGUUCCAGCCACUAUGUCGGUUGGCAUUGAGGUCGAUGACCAGUUCUGGCAUGGCAGGACAGGCCGCGAUGUGGACGGUCUCGUUGUAGGUGGCCACUACGGUGGUGCCGAUGUUGGGCAUGUACCCAUGAAUCAGAUCCACGCGUCUUCGCUCAAGUCACUCCUUCAGCACGAAUGCUCCGUUCAUGGAAGGAUGUACUGUGGACAACUCGGUAUUGCCUCAUUCAUUCGCUAGGGGUAAUGAUUUCGAACGUCAUUCACAUGGCAACGUGUAUGGCUUUGGAAUGUGUUCGCACGGUGGCCACGACCUUGAAGCUUUCGUACCUCGUGCUUGGUGGGAAAACAGUGAUGGAACUAUGAGGUCAUCAUCGACGACGGUUUCACGUAAAAGCCAAUUCUACCUCCAAAGCGAAAAUGAUGG